AACAGGAAACAUGGCGGACGAGAAUGGACGGAAGUGGGAUCGGUGCCUAGCAGACACCACAGUGAAAACCGUAACUGGCCUGGGUGUGGGGAUCGUCUUCUCUGUCCUUCUCUUUAAGCGACGCACAUGGCCCGUCUCGUUUGGUGCAGGUUUGGGUUUGGGCAUGGGCUACUCCAACUGCCAGAAUGACAUCAGGUCGCCGUACUUGAUUCAUGGCCGUGUGGUAAAGGUGAGAGCACAGUGUGAAGAAGUGUUCGUGUUGAGGGCUGUUCACCCAUCCACACCUCCAGGCUAUAUGAUUUCUGUUUCCUCUCAGGACCAGCAGUGAAGGAUUAAGGAGGAUGUGGUUUCACCACAUAAGCAUCUGUUUCAUGUUGCCCUACUAAUGUGGCUCUGACACCAAUGUUGCCUCACUUAGGGCACUCGAUGUAUAUUUAAUAAAGUGACUAA